ACGCGUACUAGUGAAGGAGGGAAGAGCCCUGCUUGGGUUGUUUCCGUGUGUUGACAGAUUGACUACGGAGAGGGAAUGGUGUCGUUGAAUAGAAAUUAGUUGGCGAAAUUUACCAUUUUCUUAGAUAUCGAUCUAGCACUAUGAACCUUUUACCGUCCAAUCCUCAUGGGAAUGGGCUUCUUUACGCCGGAUUUAACCAGGAUCACGGCUGCUUCGCAUGUGGAAUGGAAAAUGGAUUCCGAGUGUACAACACGGAUCCGCUUAAAGAAAAAGAGAAGCAAGAGUUCUUGGAGGGUGGGGUAGGCCAUGUGGAGAUGCUUUUCCGGUGUAAUUACCUAGCGCUUGUUGGAGGUGGAAAGAAGCCCAAGUACCCACCUAAUAAAGUGAUGAUUUGGGAUGAUCUGAAGAAGAAGACUGUCAUAGAGAUUGAGUUCUCCACAGAAGUCAAAGCGGUGAAACUUCGGCGAGACAGAAUUGUGGUGGUCCUCGACUCCAUGAUCAAAGUCUUUACAUUCACUCACAACCCCCAUCAGCUGCAUGUGUUUGAGACCUGCUACAACCCUAAAGGUCUUUGUGUCCUGUGUCCAAACAGCAACAAUUCCCUGCUGGCCUUCCCUGGCACUCACUCCGGGCAUGUGCAGAUAGUGGACUUGGCCAACACGGAGAAGCCCCCAGUGGACAUCCCUGCCCACGAGGGAGCUCUCUGCUGUAUCGCCCUCAACCUUCAGGGCACGCGGAUAGCCACUGCCUCUGAAAAAGGGACUCUCAUUAGAAUAUUUGACACCUCGGCUGGGCACUUGAUCCAGGAGCUGAGAAGGGGGUCUCAAGCAGCCAACAUUUACUGUAUUAACUUCAACCAGGAUGCGUCUCUCAUCUGCGUGUCCAGCGAUCACGGCACCGUGCACAUAUUCGCAGCCGAGGAUCCCAAAAGGAACAAACAGUCCAGCUUGGCUUCAGCGAGCUUCCUUCCCAAAUACUUCAGCUCCAAGUGGAGCUUCUCCAAGUUCCAGGUCCCGUCUGGGUCCCCCUGCGUCUGUGCCUUUGGAACGGAGCCCAACGCGGUCAUAGCGAUAUGUGCUGACGGCAGCUACUACAAGUUCCUGUUCAACCAAAAAGGGGAGUGUUCGAGGGACGUCUACGCACAGUUUCUGGAAAUGACGGAUGAAAAGAUCUGAGGGGCAGCGAUAGGACUAGCCUGGAGUGCUUGAUGGGAGCGGCCUUUUCCAGCCUGCCUGCUGUGGACGGACAGAGAGGCACACCACGGCCUGCGAGCGUCUGUCACUCAGACCUGGAGGAGGAGGAAGACCAAGUGGACUCGCGUCUGUGUGCCAGAUUGACUUUUAUUUCCUUUUUUCCUGGGUUAACUAUAAAAAGACCCGUCUGAACAGUCAGUGAAGGAUGAUCACACGGAUGCUCCACAGCGGAACAAACUGACCCAGGUCUCCUCGUGCAACGUUGUGAGAAGAGGGAAAUUUAUUUUUGAAAAGACAGCAGUUGCUUUAUUUUUAAAUGGCUUUUCAAAGAUGGCUGGACUGCCUGUCCAUUUUUGAAGCCCCUUAGAAGAGUUGAACACACUAAAAGAAUGUCUUCUGUGGAAUUUCACGUAGAUUUUCUUCUUUUCUUUUUUUUAAGAAUUGAAUUUAAGAGUCGAUUCUGUUAGAUUGUUAGUUCAAAUGCUCAACUAACACCACAUGACCCAGCAUACAAGGUGGGUUAUACAUACAUGUAUAAAAUGCCUAGUAGCGCUAGUUUUUGGUUUUUACAGCAUAAACCCAUUAUGCCAGACUGAACCUAUAUAACUGUAUAGAUUAUAUGUAUAGAAAAGUAAAAAAAAGAAAAGAAAAAAAAAAAUGGUCAAAAUGGUUUUCCCAUUUCAUGUUACUCACCUGUAUGUAAAGUCCUAUAAUCCGUCACAUUUUUCACUAAAAUGACAGUGCUUUCCUAACUGCUGCAGACAGUAUAGCAAACAGUGCUCGGUUUUCUGGUUUAUAAGUGUUUGCAGUAGCACAAAUCAAGUAGUCCAUUUCACAGCAGUUUACAUUUGAAAUGGACCAAGUUACCUAAAAUACACAGCUGUAUCAUAAAAACAUUCAUUUUUGUUGACGUUCAUGUUUUUUUGAGAAUAAAGAGGUAUUGUGUAUCAGUAUGGGAGUGUUAUAGCUAGUUUGAAAAUUGUUGUGGAAUUGUAAAAGUGAGAAGAGAAUCCGGCUUCUGUUUGAUGCCAUGCUAAGCUCACAUUUUCCAAAUUUGUCCUCUCUGUUAUUUAAGGAGCAUUUAGAAAAUUCACCAACGAGGUUGGCUAGAACAAAACAAGAGAGGUGGUUUCUCAUCAUACCGGUUUCAUUUCUCUUAAGUGUACACUGCACAAUCGCUUGUUCCAGCUUAGCCUCCUGGGUGCAACCUAAUUGUUUUUGAAUACACAAACAAACUGAACUUUGCUAAAUUGCUUCCUUGUUUCUUGCAGACAUCUUAACAAGAUGUCUUAAUUAUCAGACCUUCCACCUGUGAAGCGGAGGAGUUUGGCCGGGAACAGGCAUUCUGUUUACUUGCCAAUUAUAUUCGGUUUAUUUAUGAUUCUAGUAGACAGCGGUGCGCUAGUGACUGAUCCCGGAUGAGAAACCAUGGAGCUAAUUAAUGUAACCCCUUAAACUCAACAUGCACUGUCAGUUAUAUUGACCUCAUGCUUAGUUUGUAAACCAUCAGUAAGUGUAUUUACUCUCCGGGUGUGUCUGCCAGUUGACCCUUUCCGUGUGUAUUUUUGAAAUGUCCUCGGAGGAAAUGCAAUGAUGAAUGCUAAUCUUUGCCUAUUUUACAGCUACAGUCUUGAAUGUAAACAUGCUGAUGAUCAGAUUUUGAUCUGCACAAUGAGAAAGUUGUGAUGGAAUAUCCAUAGUCUGCAUUUGGGGAGGGAAUGAGUAGAGGAACAAUGUUAGGGCACCACAAAUGACAUUUUUGUGACCUUUCAAAUGAAAAUCAAUUGUUUAUUACUAAUUCAAAUGUGAAUGCCUGAGGUGUGAGCCAUGUCUGUAACGCCUUUUAUAUCUGGGUUUUAAUGAUUUACUUCAUAUAUACUAAGAUGAGGAUGUUUGCACACCUGGCAAAUUCAUCCAUGGGUGUUUGCAGAGAAGAACAAACAAACUCCCACAUACUGUGUUGUCUUGUAAAUUUCACUUACCACAUUGGGGGGAAAACGGAAAUUGAAAACAUUUCACUAGACCGCAAAUGUUAGCAGUUUUCAAUGAAGUGAAAUUUAGUGGGGGGUUUUUUUUUUUUGGUCCAUAUACAUCAAGGGCAUCUCUUUGCAUAACCUAAUCAAAACCUUUCAUUUUGUUAUUUUACACCUUCUCCCAAGGUGUAGUUUGUUCAUCAUUUUAAAUACUUUCACAUUUGAGUGCAAUGGCACAAUGGUUGGGUACCAUUUUCAGACCAUGGAACAGUGUGCUUUAAGUAACUUUGAAUAAAUGUGAAAAUAUUCAAAACAAUAUUGACAAGCUAUGCAAUUAUGAGUAUGGGGGAAAAAAAUAAAAACAGGAACAAGUCGCAAUAA